GGUAUUUUUGAUUAUUGCAAGUGGUAAUUUUGUGGUGGAUUUAGUAAAAAAGUUUCCAAAAAGAUUAAUAGAUCGAUUUGGGAAAAAAACAAAAAACCAUGAUAAUAGUUUUUGUAUUCCUGGUUGCUUGUAAUCUAGUAAUCACUGCUCCUAUUCCGGAUAACACUGAAAAUGUUGAAAUGAAUAAUCUUCAGUACAUAAAUAGUCGUUCAUUGCCUGUCAAAAAAAGACCUUGUCUAAUGCCUCCCAAAAGAAAACCUUCUCCAACGCGUCGCCCAAAAAGACCUUGUCCAGCGCUUCCCCCCAAAACAGACCCUCCUCCUCCCCCCAAAACAGACCCUCCUCCUCCUCCCAAAACAGACCCUCCCACUACAACAGACCCUCCUCCACCUCCUCCCCCCAAAACAGACCCUCCUCCACCGCCUCCCAAAAAAAAAUCGAUUCUAUCAUCGCGUCCAACCAGAAAAUGGCUUAACAAAAGUACAUCUUCUCCACGCCCAAUUCCCGAUGAUCCUUUUUUGCCUCCACCCAUUAUGCCAGACCCAUCAUGGUCUGCUCCACCCAUUAUGCCAGCAUGGCCUUCUCCCAAAGAAGAAAAUAAAUCUCCGUGUUUUCCAAUAUUCUGCCAAUAA